AUGUUAGCUGCACCAGAUACUCCAGCUGGUUAUCUCCGAGUACCUUCUGACCGUAAUUUACAUCAUUCAAAACCGCAUCGUGCUACUUCGUUUACUGAACAAUCAACUCAGCAUAAUGAACAUACAGCUUCCGUAUUAAGUUUACCAACCGCAACUCACGUUUCUCGCAAGAGAUCGCGUUCUCCUACUCAAUGGCAAUCGACCGCAUCACGUGUAGAUGGGUCUCGCUCGCCACUCGAAAACAAUGACGAACACAUGAUGGAAGAUUCUCGAGCGAUUAUCGUUCCAGAUAUGAUCGCAUUGAAAGAACUCAAAAAUAACCUAUCAGACGAACCUUUUGCCCGCAAACAACAUAUGCCAAAGCGUCAAACCUCACAUGGAUACUUUUCUUCGAAUAAAAAGUCCAACUGGACACACCUUCUUUUCCAUAACAGACUCCGUAAACAUAAGAGAAGCAAUGAUGAAAAUUCAGAUGUUUACAAAAUCUUCAGCAUUUUGUAUGGUUUGGUUAUCUUCGUUGGUGGAGUGGCCUUCUCAAUAUCACACGCUAUUAUUCCAGCGGAAGAAGCGGAAAAUAUCAAACUUUUAGCUGAAGUUUACUUUACCUAUCUCUAUUGGGUAUCGAUCUUUUGGAUUAUAUUCUGCAUGUUUGAUAUCGUUCGUCAUCGCCGUAAGAUACCAAUCAACACUUCAGCCAUUAAUAAAAUGGAAAUACCACAUUUGCCGAAAAGUAGUGUGAAUCUACAUUUACCUGGAAACGCAUUUAUGCCAAUGUUAGCAAAAGAAGAACCAACAAGAUUGUCAUCGACGCCAUAUUUUAAUUUGCAAUUAUUUGACGAUUCCGACGAGUUCGAAUCGAACGAUGAAAAUGACCGUUCGAAUGGGAAUCAACUACAUGGGACAGUUUCAACUACUAAGGUCAACGAGGACGAUGACGAUGGCUCUCCAACGUUUCGUCAUCCUCACAGUAAAUCUCAAUCGUUAGACGAUGUAUCAACGAAAUCGUCCGUAAUCAUGAGAAGUCGAGCGGAUACAACACGAGAUUUUUCAACUAGACGACGGGCGCUGGAUCCGAAUGCCAUACAACACUUACGAACCUACGUACGCCAUAGGAAAGAUAGUAUCGUGCAACGUGUUAUCGGCUAUAACUAUGAUGAUCAUUCCACCGCUGGUGGUCUUUAUAUUCGUGUUGGAAUAGGAAUCUUUUGUCUUGGAACAGUGAUACAUUCAGGUUUAUCAAUCCUAAGUAACUUAGAGAACAUUCCGUGUGUUCGAUGGACAGCUGUCAUGGAUGAUAUUUCCAGAUUACUAUUUAGUUUCAUUCAAUUCUUCUUUAUUUUCAAGCAUUCUAAUUUAAUCAUUCGAGCACACGAAAGUCUUGCUAGAUUAGCCGUUAUGCACAUUGUUGUCACGAACUUAUGUGUUUGGUUUCGCAUGGUUGUUAUUGAAACCAAACUACAAAUAACUGAAAUGAGCAGUCAUGAAGUAUCAAUAACAACAUUUUCAAGCAUUACCCAACCACUCAAUGCACACAACGUACAUCAUGGGCCAUCUACGAAUCCAACGAAUUGCAUUCAAUCGAUCGAAGAUGCUGUGCAAAUGGCUGCUCUGAUUAAUGUUGGCUACAUGAAAUUGAAACCUCUUCUCUAUCCAUGUACGAUUGAAUUUAGUUUGAUGUCUUUGACAUUGUUCUACCUUAUCUGGGAAAACAUUGGAAAAACAUUUGCGUACAAAAUGUCGGAUAAAGCUUCUUCGAAAAAUGUUUUCAUGGUCAACUGUCACGCUUCUAUAAAGGGUUUAUUUACUGGAAUGAUUGUCUUUUCGUGCACAGUUAUCUCAAUUAUUCUAUACGCAGUUUUUCGUAACAAGAUCAGUGAUGACCCGCAUUUUGCGGCAACAUUAGCAAUACACACAAGCGAUUCUCAUCAUCAGUCACAUCAUCGAAUUUAUUCGCGCAGUGCAAUGGUAACUUCGUCGUCACAUCAUCGGCAUCACUAUCAUGGUUUUAGUACGACAACGAUGGCGAGCCUAUUGAAACCACUGCCGAAAACGCCGACGACAAUCUUAUAUAGCAUUGCUAUUGUAGAAAUUGUUAACUUCUUCCUUCUAUGCGUAUCUCUGUCAGCAACGACGUGGGCAUUGUUUAAAAUACGAAAACUUCAAUACAAAAGGACAACAUCACGAUUCGAUGAUGUUCUAAUUGUGGUUUCGUUAACGGGAACAUAUUUAUAUACGAUCUUUAGUGCUUUUGCUCUAUUAAACAAUAAAAAUCAUGCGACCAUAUGGAUUGCCUAUCUGAAAAUCGUCAUUGUUGUUUUGGAAUUUCUCGAGGCUACUGUCCAUGCAUUUUUCAUUCUUGUGGCUCUACGCAAACGUCUGAAUCGAACCAAUAAACAUCAAUAUCCUGCACGUGAAAUCAUCACACUGCUAAUCAUGAUUGACCUUAGCUUAUGGUUCGAAGAAACAACAACAACUACAAAGCACGAAGCCAAUCCAUUUCAACUAGCGUUCUAUCAUGUCAUUCCUUGGUCAAUUAUUGCUGCUAUUGCAACACCCUUACAGAUUUUCUUUCGUUUUCAUGCAUCAGUGUGUCUGUCACAUGUAUGGGAGAAUAUUGAUAAAAGUAAUUUCAUGGACACUGAACAACACAGUUGUGAAGUUUGCUUGGAUGGACCAUCAGUUUACAUUCUAGCCAUUCCCUGUGCACACAACGAAACAUUUUGUAAAUCAUGCGUCCAAAAUUGGCUUUCAACUGGUGGGCUAAGUUGCCCUAAAUGUCGUGCACCGUGGCCAGAAAGUAUUGAAAAAUGUAUCCAACGUCGGAUUGAACUAGGACAUCUAAGUUGCCCAAGAUGUUAUGAAAGAUGGUCUGAGAAUGUUGUUCCACCAAGAGCAGAUUCGAACCCGAUGGAUCGUAUGGGUUUUCCAGUCAUAGCCAGUAGUUUAGCUGAUAAACUUUUUGUUUUAAGUUCAAUAGUUCUCUUGGCUACUCUGAUUAUGUAUCCCACCGUAAUGAAAUAA